AUGAAUGACCUAAUGAGAUUGAGGGAGACGUUGUUCCAGAACUAUACAAAAGAUUUCCGACCAGUUUACAACCUAAGCGACCCGUUACAUGUCACAUUUGGCAUGUUUCUUGUAUCUGUUCUGGAUUUAGAUAUGGUGUCUGGAACAAUCACGCUUAACUGUGGCGUACCAAUACAAUGGACCGAUUACCGCUUGGUUUGGACACCACAUAACUACAAUGAUAUAACCUCCUUCGUGUUUAAUUCAUCAAAUGUAUGGAAACCACGGAUUUAUAUAGCAACAUCUUCUGAGGAUUUAUCAGAUAUUUCUUUCGAUUCUUACGACGUAAGAGUUUACUCUAACGGCACAGUUACGUCGACACCUGGUCGACACGUGAAAGCUAGCUGCAGUUUUGAUAUGACUAAAUUUCCUUCGGACUCACAAAUAUGUGUUUUGCAGUUUCUAUCUCUGUUACAUACAGGGAAUGAAGUAGCUUUGGUUAAAGCACGUCCAGAUAUAGAUAUGCAAUUCUACAAACCAAAUGGGGAGUGGGACAUCGAAGAGACAUCUGUGAAAAAUGAUACAGAUUACGGAACCUCUGUACUAGCAUUUUCUAUUCAUCUGACCAGACGUUCAGAAUACUUUAUUUUGUCUAUGUUUUUACCAGUGAUGUUCCUUCGCUUCAUGAACCCUUUUGUUUUCCUUUUGCCGGCCUCCUCUGGGGAGAGGAUUUCCUACAUAGUUACAAUGUCAUUAUCGUUAGCCGUUUACAUGACAAUAGUAGGAGAAAACCUGCCAACAGUUUCUGAUCCAAUGCCAGGGAUUUGUUAUUUCUUUCUCGUAGUCAUGUUAAACAGCUGUUUUCUGAUUUUGUUAACAAUACUAACUCUUCGCUGUAAUGAUGUGAAGGAUGUACAAACAUUUCCAGGCUGGCUUCUUUGGCUAGUUAAGCGCACAGCCAAUUCAACAUGCAGAAAAAGGAAAGUAAUCAAUAUUGUUCCUCCGACAGGCAAAACGCUGGAAGACACUGGAACUACAGCGGACAAGAACCGCAGCGAGGAACUAAUCACACAUAUACAGAAGGAAGAUGUUACUCGUUUCAUCGACAAAAGCCUGUUUUUUAUAUCAUUAUUUGAAACUGUUUUGACGUUUAUAGUUUUUAUUUUCUAUUGGAAGUAA